GCGUGCUGAGCACACGUCUCUCCUCUUCCAAGUUCUGUCGUCACGGUCACCGACAUGGUCUGCGGCUGAGAAAGAACCCAUUGCACUGGAACUUGAAGUUGAACCAGGAUUGACAAUCCUAAGCUGUGCGGGGUCCGACGUUGUCGCGCUCCGUUUCAGACGGCCUACCACCACUUAUCAAGGGCGACGAAGGCAGCAUAUCUUUCUACCGAGAAAGUAACAAAUCAAAGAGCUACUCCCGGCCGCCAAGCGAGACUAGCUUGGCAGCUGUUGCCGAGGUCAAGGCGCGAGUUGACAAGCUAACUCGUUGUUGUACUCCAUGUUUUAACUGUGGCUGGCCCUUUAGAGGAUGUGGUGGCGCUUGACCAGAAGGCAGCGUUCCCUGGUUGCAGGCGGCCCUUGCAACAUUGGGGAAUGCUGAGUUCUUGAAGGGGACUACAUCGGUACCUAUGGCUUCUGCUUUGAUGCAGAAGUCCUGCUUGCGGGGGCAAGCGGUUAUAGACACCAAAUGCCGGGCCGCGUCGCAGCAACUUCUGUGGCCGGUAGGCACCUCAGGGGAGCGGCAGUUGAGGGUUGCCAGCUCUGAGCAUGCUUUUCUCGGCAAGCGUGUUGGGGCUGGAGCGUCGGAAAGCAGAAGGGGCGUCCGGCCCUGUGGAUUCAAGCGGCCGCUUGUUGAGAAGAAAGCGCCUGUUGCAAGACUUGGCACACCCUCAAGGGGUUCAGACAAGAACCGAAUCACCUGCACCAGCCAGUUCACCGCGGUGACAGACAAUGACCAUGUGGUUUGUCCAGAAGUCCAAACGGAUGCAGCAACAUUGCAGUCCAGCUCCGCAGACUUGUCACCUAGAAACCAAGCCUUCGCACUCCUCCUAGCAAAGCUCCCAAAACUCCUCUGCAUAGCAGCCCUCUGCUCGGUCCUCCUCCUCCCAAGCCGUCCAGCCUGGGCCGCAAACGGCGCCACCGCGACUCUCGCCCGGCCCGCACGGUUCGCCCGCUUUAGUAUCGUAGCCUCUCUCGUGAGCAUAAAAGAGGCGUUCAGAGUAGCUUCCGCUGGGGAGCUGUUGGCAAGUGCGUGGACGGGCCUAGUUGCGGGGUGCCUGCACACACUGACGGGGCCGGAUCAUCUAGCCGCGCUCGCGCCAAUGUCGAUCGGGCGAACGCGGCUGCAGAGUGCGUGGAUGGGGGCGCUCUGGGGGUGCGGCCACGAUGCGGGGCAGCUGCUGUUCGGGCUGCUGUUCCUGCUGCUCAAGGAGCGGCUGCACAUGGACCUACUGUCGCAAUGGAGCGGGGUGGUCAUCGGCGUGACCCUCUGCGGCAUCGGGGCGCUCGGGUUGUACGAGUCGCGACAGCUGAGCGCGUCGAUACACGAGCCGCCUCCGGAAGAACGCCCGCUGACGCCAGCCUACGCUGGCGCGUCUACAAGCGGCGCCUCCGAGGAGUACCGACCCGAAGAGACCGCGACAGAUGCGCCGAGGGGAACUGCGUCUUCGAGCAAGCCAUUUGGGGUGGCGACCUUCAUAACAGGCAUCUUCCACGGCUUCCAGCCCGACGCUCUCAUCAUGAUCCUUCCCGCUCUCGCACUCCCGUCCAAGCUGGCGGGGCUGUCGUUCCUCGUAACCUUCCUACUCGGAACCAUUCUCGCGAUGGGGAGCUACACGGCGUUCAUCGGGGCGUCCUGCGAAGUGCUCGGGGAGCAGGUCCCCGGGAUCAACGAAAAGCUCUCGCAAGUUUCUUCGAUGAUUUCGAUAUUUGUUGGGGCCGCAUUGAUUUCUUCGAACGCAUUCGGCUUCAAAAUCCUGUAACAACUUUAGUUGUAGAGCUGAGACAUGGACACGUUGUGGCUCUGAGAAGGCCCUGAGAAGGUCCCUGCAGAUCAUUGUGCACAACCCAUUGUGCACGUAGUAUAAAGACCUUAACCGAAGUGGCUAAUAUUGCUGCUGCCUCGCAACCGACUUAUACAAACCUAUCGACAGGCUCCAGAGGUAGACCGUCUGUGGGCAAAUUGCCCGCGUUGAACCUUCAUAUUCUUGUGUCGUCGGCACAUUUGGGAAGGUUAUUGUCAAUCCAGUGAGGUCAUAGUUGUUCUUUGUUCUUUUUGAACCGUCUUUUAAACGGAUUGAAGUCUUAAUGUUCAUCUUCCUCGAAGUAUACCAGA